AUGAACAUGAUCUCCAAGGGUCUCGAACACGCCCUUAAUGUUAUGAAGACUGAGGCAGGAUUCGACGAUAUGAACAUCAUUACAUUGUCAGGAAAUUAUUGUACGGACAAGAAGCCUUCUGCUUUGAAUUGGAUCGAUGGACGCGGCAAGGGCGUUGUGGCCGAAGCCAUCAUCCCGGCGAACGUUGUGAGGGAUGUUCUGAAAAGCGAUGUGGAUAGCAUGGUUCAACUGAAUGUGUCGAAAAACCUGAUUGGUUCCGCCCUGGCCGGCUCAAUUGGCGGCUACAACGCCCAAGCGGCCAACCUCGCGGCCGCCAUUUUCAUUGCUACAGGGCAAGAUCCGGCGCAAGUUGUGGAGAGUGCUAAUUGCAUGACUCUAAUGAAAAAUCUCCGUGGCUCACUUCAAAUCUCUGUCUCCAUGCCAUCUAUUGAAGUCAGUACCUUGGGCGGUGGUACCAUACUGGAACCCCAGGGAGCAAUGCUCGAUUUGCUUGGCGUCCGUGGAUCACAUCCGACCCUGCCCGGUGAGAAUGCACGUCGGCUUGCGCGCAUAGUCGGAGGCGCUGUGCUGGCUGGUGAACUCUCCCUAUGUGCUGCAUUGGCUGCCGGCCACCUUGUAAAUGCGCACAUGGCGCACAAUCGUUCUGCCCCAGCAUCUGCAGCCCCUUAA